AUACCGCAUUAUAGCUUACGAGGAAAAGGAUUCACCUAUAGGAAGCUCGGGUUGUAUAUCAGGAAGAACUGGGAUAAAGGGAUGAGUGACUCGUAGAGAAACGAUUUGUAUAUCGUGUCAUCCAGUUAUGUCUGAAACUCACCAACCGGGCUGAGCUGGACAUGCUUACUCUGGUCAGUCUUUGAAAGGAGAGUUCCUGGGUGAUCUCUUGAAAGGGUGGAGCUUUUAUCCUGUCUAGAAGGAUUCAGCAUAUUGCAAAUCAUAUUUAAAAACACUUGUAUAUUUUGGUUAAUAGGUGGGCCUGUUCACGCAGGACAUGAUGUGUUUUGGGGAGAAAUACUGAAGUGGCUUUGUUAGUGAGCCUUUUGUGGCAGAUGAAUACAUUGAACGCCUGGCAUGGAGAACACCUGGAGGAGGUUCCAGAGGUGGAGAAGCUUUUGAUCCAAAAAGAUUAUUGGAAGAAUUUGUGAAUCAUAUUCAGGAAUUGCAGGUAAUGGAUGAAAGGAUUCAGAGAAAGGUGGAGAAGCUAGAACAACAGUGCCAGAAGGAAGCGAAGGAAUUUGCCAAGAAAGUACAAGAGCUGCAGAAAAGCAAUCAGGUUGCCUUCCAACAUUUUCAAGAGCUAGAUGAGCACAUCAGCUAUGUAGCAACUAAGGUCUGUCACCUUGGUGACCAACUGGAGGGGGUAAACACGCCACGGCAACGGGCUGUGGAGGCUCAGAAGCUGAUGAAAUACUUUAAUGAGUUUCUGGAUGGAGAGCUGAAGUCUGAUGUUUUUACAAACUCUGAAAAGAUUAAAGAGGCAGCUGAUAUUAUUCAGAAACUGCAUUUGAUUGCACAGGAACUGCCUUUUGACAGGUUUUCUGAAGUAAAAUCGAAGAUCGCAAGUAAGUACCAUGAUUUAGAGUGCCAGCUAAUUCAAGAGUUUACCAGUGCGCAGCGGAGAGGUGAAAUCUCCAGAAUGAGAGAAGUAGCAGCAGUUUUACUUCAUUUUAAGGGCUAUUCCCAUUGUGUUGAUGUGUACAUAAAACAGUGUCAAGAGGGUGCAUUUUUGAGAAAUGAUGUGUUUGAAGAUGCAGCCAUCCUCUGCCAGCGAGUGAACAAGCAAGUUGGAGAAGUCUUUAGCAAUCCAGAGACUGUAUUAGCCAAACUCAUUCAAAAUAUCUUUGAAGUUAAACUUCAGAGUUAUGUAAAAGACCAGCUAGAAGAACACAGGAAGUCAGAUGCAGAACAAUACCUUAAGAAUCUCUAUGAUCUAUAUACGAGAACUACUAAUCUUUCAAGCAAAUUGAUGGAGUUUAACUUGGGUACUGAUAAGCAGACUUUCUUGUCUAAGCUUAUCAAAUCCAUUUUCAUUUCCUACUUGGAGAAUUACAUUGAGGUGGAAAUUGGCUAUUUGAAAACGAGGAGCGCUAUGAUUCUGCAACGCUAUUAUGAUUCCAAAAACCACCAGAAGAGGUCCAUUGGCACUGGAGGGAUCCAGAUCCACAAAAGGACUGAAGCAAAAUUAAGUAUUCAAGACCUCAAAGAGAGAAUAAGGCAACGUACUAACUUACCGUUGGGUCCAAGUAUUGACACCCAUGGAGAAACUUUUCUCUCGCAAGAAGUGGUGGUUAACCUUUUGCAAGAAACUAAGCAAGCUUUUGAAAGAUGUCACAGGCUCUCUGAUCCAUCUGACUUACCGAAGAAUGCUUUCAGAAUUUUUUCUAUGCUCGUAGAGUUCUUAUGUACUGAACACAUUGAUUAUGCGUUAGAAACAGGCCUUGCUGGCAUUCCUUCUUCUGAUUCAAAGAGUGCAAAUCUCUAUUUCCUGGAUGUUGUCCACCAAGCCAAUACUAUUUUCCAUUUAUUUGACAAGCAGUUCAACGAUCAUCUGAUGCCAUUGAUCAGUUCUUCUCCUAAAUUAUCUGAAUGCCUUCAGAAGAAGAAGGAUAUCAUAGAACAAAUGGAAGUGAAGCUGGAUAUGGGCAUUGAUAGGACACUGAAUUGUAUGAUUGGACAGAUGAAACAUAUCUUGGCUGCAGAGCAAAAGAAGACAGACUUUAAACCAGAAGAUGAAAACAAUGUUUUGAUUCAGUAUACUAACGCCUGUGUUAAAGUUUGUGGCUAUGUUAGAAAGCAGGUGGAAAAGAUUAGAAAUUCUAUGGAUGGUAAGAACGUGGACACUGUUUUGAUGGAGCUUGGAGUUCGUUUUCAUCGGCUGAUCUAUGAACAUCUACAGCAAUAUUCCUACAGUUGCAUGGGAGGCAUGUUAGCUAUUUGUGAUGUGGCCGAAUAUAGGAAGUGUGCCAAAGACUUCAAGAUUCCGUUGGUGUUACAGCUCUUUGAUACCUUGCAUGCACUUUGCAAUCUUCUGGUUGUAGCCCCGGAUAAUUUAAAGCAAGUUUGCUCAGGAGAACAACUUGCUAAUCUGGACAAGAACAUCCUUCACUCCUUUGUUCAGCUGCGUGCUGAUUAUAGGUCUGCUCGUCUUGCUCGUCACUUCAGCUGAGAGCACGGAAAGAAAUGUUACACCUUCGGGCAGGCCGCAGUUGUUAGAAAGCAUAGGGAAUGGUUUCUUACCAAACAGUGGUUGUAAUUUUUGUGGGAUAAUGACUGUUCAGAAUAAAGCAGCAGCCAUAUUUAAACAUGGCUCUGUAGAAUGUGAGCAGAUGAAAAUUUGAGUGAUAUUUCAUGCAAGCUAAAGUCCUCCCAGUGAUGAAUUUCUGCAAAACUACUUGCUAAUUUUGCAUUGAAAACAUACUGAUGUAGGAAAGCAAGUGGUGCACUGAAAGUAUUUUAGUCUUCAAUAUUGAAUUAUCAGAUACCAUUUGUUAGACUCUAAGUACAGAGCAUAGCGUAGGUAAUGGAUUACAUAGACUAGACCAGUGUAGAAACAUUCUUCAUCAUUUUAAUGACUUAAACUUCAGCACAGCUAAUCAUAAUCAAAUUAUCUUUGAUUGGUGUUUCUAAAUCAUUUCUUUCUUUUAAAACCGUAUCCUGCUCAAUGCAAUUUCUUGCUCUAAUUAAUUAGCUUGGAAUUUCUUUGAGAUGUAGGAGUAACAGAAAUGCUAUCCCAGAGAGAUGCAAUUCAUUCAUUGUGUAGCAUUCUAAACAGAACUGAAGUGGUUUAAAAAAAAAUUUUUUUUUGGUUCUUUAGUUUUGUUUUGACCUAAUAGUUGAGGGCCCACUGGAAUAUAUUAGUGUUGUGUGAUCUGAUGACAUUCUUGUUGGUUCUGUUUGAUACUGGCACUCUGAAUUUUAUAUAUGCUCCUAAACUGAAUGCAGCCGCCUUGUCUUAGGCGUUCAUGUUACAAGGUGAAGGUGCCCAUUAUUGGGAUAAGAGAACUUUUUCUCCUGUCUCUUGUUUUGUAUGUAAAUAAAUUCAGAUUAUAACAAAAUGAAAGGAUGAAAUGUAGCCUAAGUUGCUCAUUUAUAUGUGGGAGGAAUGGAUGGUGCCACUAGGAAAACUCUGGAGUUUCAACUGUGCUAAGAUGGUUAAUCCUCAGUGCCUGAGCCAUAUAAAAUGUUGAAGUUUGCAGAAGCUUCUCUUCCGCUGCUUGUAAUUUUAACGUUGGAGACUGGAAACCUUCGUGUCCAUUAGGCUUUGGCGUUUAUUCAAGUUGCUUCUGAGGUGGACUCAUAGUGUGCAUACGCUGAACUGAAGCAACAGUGAUGUUUGAAAAGUUUAGCUUUUCCACAACCAGUUGAAAAUUGUUGUAAAUGGAGCUUUGUUUGGAGUGAGCUCUUGUGGAAAACAGGUUGGAACUGCCAUGUUUUGUGUCUUCGGAGUGACUCACUUGAUCCCUAGACAGAUCAUCUGUAACACUUUAUUUCUAUGGUGGGCUCAGUGUACUUUAUGAAAAUUUUUUUUUCUCCCCCAUUGUCAGAGAAGCAUUGCUAUAAAUUUACUUUAUGGGUCAAAUAAAAUUAUUUUCCUUUUCUUAA